AUGGCUGAACUCGGGCGGAUCGUCCCGUCUUGGUUUGUGAUGCUGCAGCUGUUGAGCUUCAGAGCAGAAACUGUGAAACAUUCCUUCUUCACCGUCAGAGCCGGAGCAGACGUCUCUUUGCCCUGUGGGGGCGUGUCACCGGACCAGGAGUCAUGUGACUUCACUACUUGGCUCUUCACUGGUUCAGGAAAUACAAAAGCAGUGUUUGAAGAUGGGAAGAUUCCUAAAGAUGCAGAAGAUAAAUCAGACCGGCUGAGUGUUUCAGAGAAUUGUUCUCUGGUUAUAAAGAAUGUCUCCGUGGAGGAUGUGGAGUGUUACACCUGCAGACGGUUCACAUCAGGAACACAAGAAGAUGCUGAGGUUUACCUCUCCGUGGUCUCCUUGACUGAGCAGAGGAGCUCUGAUGAGGCGGCCUUCAGCUGCUCCGUGUCCAUCUACAGUGACAUAUGCAGACACACAGUGAGGUGGCUGCACGAGGGCAACAGGAGAGACGUGGUGACAUCACGGCGGCCAUGUUCAGCCUGGCACAUUAUGAAGAAAUCUGACCUGGAUCAGAAGACUUAUGAGUUAUUGAAAUGUGAAGUGACUGAUGGAUACAGUGGCAAGGUGCACCAGUUCCCCCUCAGCCCUCCUCCGUCCUCAGGUGAUGAUGCAACGCCAGUGAAAUCUGAACAGGACGUCAAUGCAACCGAUCAAGGCUGGACCAGGUCCACCGUGGUGGUUCUGGGUUUAGCCGCGAUGCUAACGAGCGUUGUGAGCGUCAACAUCUGGACCAGAGCUAAAGAUGAGAGCCUCCAGGGAGGGAGCCUUUGACCUCCAGAAGGGGUCAUGACCUCCAGAAGGGGUCAUGACCUCCAGGCCCGAUUUGUCAAAUGUGUAUUUUUCAAAAUGAACAAAAGUGGGAUGGCAGAAAUCUCUGUGAGUUGGAACGUUGACGAGUCAAACCCGUGUUUGAGAUGUUUGUUUCACUCUGAAUGUACGAGAGAGAGACGGAGACGCAGGAACAGAAUAAACACGAUGAAUGUUCUGACACGGAGGCUCAUUGUACAGCUACUUCCCAGGGUGCAUUGGGACAAGCACACUUAAAAAUAGCAACACCUUUAAAAUGUAAUCUAAUAAACAAAAGGCUCAAAAGUGACCAGAGAGUUUUUUUACAGGAGCGUCAUGAGGAAGAGGAAGAUGGCGGUCUCACUGGACUGAUGAACAACACCGACCACAGAGUCCACUGCUGCUAAACCUCCUGACAUGAGAGUGGAUGACGAGAUAAUCAUCCAUGUUCAAAGUGACAUCAUGACCAGAGGUCAGGAGGCGGCCAUGUUGGAUAAACACAAAGGUUUAAUGUGUUUUGUUACUUUUAAGUGAAUAUUGAUUUUUGUAGUUGAGUACAUUUUGAUUGUGUUGUGAAGUUUUACGAUAAAAAGAAC